AUGCCGAGGGAGAUAUUCUUGCAGGCAAAAACCAUCGAUGGGGCAGCAGGAGAGAUAAUUGAUGUUUUGGAGGAUGCAAGCAAAGGAAAUUUAAUCUACUUCCAUGGAUGGAGUGGAUUAGGGGCUUCAGCGGCACUCACGACAGUAGCCCAACGUCUGAAAGCAUCAAAAUCAAAGUUUGAGAAGGUUAUUCAUUUGGACUGCUCGGUGUGGAAAAGCCUAAGGGCCCUGCAAAAGGCAGUAGCGGAGGAGCUGGAACUUCCACAAUCUGUGAUGGCCAUCUUUGAUCAAUGCGACACAGAAGAUGAUUUCAAUGGGAUAAACGAAGACUCUAGAGGGGUGAUAUCAGAUAUCAGAAGGGAGAUCUUCGAAAAGCUUGUUAACAGUAGAUUUGUGGUGAUUUUUCAAAAUGGGAGUAGAAAAUACAUUGAUUUUUACGAGUUAGGUGUCCCAGCAAUACCAUUCUUGAGGAACAAGGUGUUGUGGACUUGGCGCGGGAGGUUUCGGCUCGGUCUCAUGCGAGUCACUACAGAUGAUGAGGAACUAGAAAAGGCGAUUAUGCAGAAUAAUGUUGUUUUGUCUUGUUCUCUUGAACGUGAAGAUGAAGAAUUGCAAGAUCUAGUAGUGCGUGAAGAGGCCGAGGAGGUCGCCAAGUCCACGAGGUUUGCUGAGCCUGGCUACCUGAACCACAAGAUAGUCUGGCAGUGCGUCAUGUACGGAUGGUUACUAAGAAGAAUCACCUCUGCUACAUGUCUAUACUUUGACACCCAUGGACCGAACUAUUGGGUCUGUGAUGGGAUUAUACAGGGCCAAGGCAAUACAUCAGCAUGGGAAAUUGGCAAUUCUCUGCAGAGGAACAUGCACUUAGAUUGGAUAAGGAAGGACCCUGUAAAAGCAAUUUAUUUGGCAGAUUCGCUUAAGAGAAACAACGAUCUUGAUGAUGAUCGCUGGGUUUACGUCACACACAAAGAACCUCGAUGGGGUGAUACUGUGCUAGCUCCUAUGGUGACAUCCUUCUUCUUGUAUGCAGAUGAAUCAUCAACAAAUACAAUACCAAUGUUGCCGGUUAGCAUAUUCCAACAUUUACAAAACAGCAAGCUGCGUGUAUUACAUCUCUCUCGCUGCACCUUCAGUUUUGCAUCUCCUCCCUUCCUCUGCUGCAGCCAACUGAGAUUUCUACAACUGGACCAUUGCACAAGUAUUACAGAUGAUGACGAGUAUCAAAGCCGCAAUGAAAACAUACCAUGUUUCCAGAAUCUAUGGGUGUUAGAUCUGAGGUAUACAGAAUGGUAUUGGCUAUUGUCGGAAAAGAUGAAGAGAUUAAUGGUUGACCUCAGGGAGUUGAAUGUGGAGGGAGUCAAGCAUGGGGGCAUUAGUGAUUUGUGUGGUGGUAGACCUAGCCUUGUCAUACUUCGAGUAACAGCAGGUCCAGUCCAUGCGGAAAACGAAGACACAAAUAAUCAAGCACAAUUCCCCAAUAUGUCCAGUACAAACAGUGUUACGACAUCUAGCUACAUCAACGGCAUCAUGCCCCCAUGGCUCGAGUCAUUUAGCUUCAUCAACAAAGCUGCAACUCCUGCCGAGAUAUCUAGCAUCUCCUUCCGGGGUUGUUCUCGAUUGAAGAGUAUACUUUUCAAAGGAAAUUUGGUGAGCCUGCAGGAGUUGGAUCUCUCGGGCACGGCAGUGAAAACCCUUGACCUUAGAAAAGUGAAAGCUAUAAAUCUAAGGUGUCUUAUACUGAUGGGCUGCAAGGAUCUCCGUGCAAUAUUAUGGUCAUCGGACAACGGAUGGGCAAUUCUUUUGGAGAAGUUGCACAUCAGCACCGUCCAAUCUGCAUCACCUAGCCCGAAUCAUUGGGAAGGGAUCACCAAGGAGGCUAGUGCUGCUGCAGGAUCAUCAUCCAUCCUUGCUUUUGGAGCUUCACCACAAGGCAUCGGUCGAACUGCAUAUUUUGAGUUUCAGUGGUACGUAUCUUUAGUGGAUCCAAGGCUCAUGUGGUCUCUUUAUCGUUUCCAACCACAUAUUAUAACAAACUUUGUAUAUAUGGAGAUUGAUUCAUCUUCUGCAAGUGGAGCUACUGUUUUUGGUCGUGAAGUUACUCAAGGCAUCGGGAGCCAGCAACAUGUUGCUCAAUACUUAUAUGCAAGAGAUGUCUUUCAGGAGCACUCGCAAGUUGUCAGUGCAAUCGAAGGUGUGAUCAGCUGGAUGUGGGCUUGCCCACCUAUUCCUACUCCAAGUCCACGAGACUGGUACUUUCACAUGCAAGAUGAAGAGAAGCUGGAGAGAGGAUCUUUACGUCAACAACAUAACACUCCAGUUCAUUUAGCCCCUGUUUUUAUGUGUGAUAAUGCACGGAUGUUGUAUGUGCAUGAUAGCUCAUCCACCACUUGCAUUCCAUGCCCACCAGAUUCAGACUGGAACUGCAUUGAAUGGUGCCGUGUCGAGAGGUGCCCCAACCUAUGCUCUGUCUUUGCUACUCCCCAACUAGAAGAUGACGGGAUGACCUUUUCCUCAUUGUCUACGUUCUGGGCGUCCCAGCUCCCGAAGGCAUGCUACAUCUGGAACUGGAGUCUAAUAUACCAACCUGAUGAACAGUCCUUCAAAUACCUAAAAUUCUUGCACGUGGACUAUUGCCCUAGACUCAUAUAUGUGCUUCCCUUGUCUAAGUACAUGACCACUUUGCCUGGCCUGGAGACACUAGAGAUCGUGUGCUGUGGUGAUCUGAAGGUAGUCUUCCCUUUGGAUGCAGAGCGCCAAGAGACGCAAGAAAUUAUAAAAUUUCCCAAGCUAAGAAAGAUCCACCUGUACCAGCUCUCCACUCUGCAGAGCAUCUGUGGGAGCAGAAUGUCCGCGCCAGAGUUGCAGACUGUCAAAAUCAGGGGCUGCUGGGGCAUCAGGCGCUUGCCGGCUGUCAGCGGCAGCACCACCAAGCGGCCCAUGGUGGACUGCGAGAAGGACUUGUGGGAGAAUCUGGAGUGGGACGGGGUGGAGGCGAACCAUGAUCCUUCACUCUAUGAACCGGGCCACUCGCGGUACUUCAAGAAGGACCACCUGCCAAGAGGCACCGUGCUCAUGUGA